AUGCGCCUGAUUAGCAGAUUCACAGACCUCUCAUGGCAGGAUGUGGUGAACAAGUUUGAGGCGCCGCAGAAUCCCCAUAGCACUUGGGCAGCCGUAGAACAUGACAAGAGCAAGCCGGUGUGGUCUAACUCCGACCUGGACCCUACAAAGCCGGCCUUUCGGACAUGGACCUGGAUUCACUACACCAGCUUCUGGCUGGCGUCUUCGUUUGCCACUGGCACGUGGACGACUGGUAGUGCGAUGAUCGCUCUUGGUAUGCCGUGGUACGCUGCGUGGCUGGCGCUCGUCGUCUCCCACAUCAUUGGUGCAGUGCUUCUUGUGGCCAACGGCCGUGGGCCAGCGGCAUAUCAUAUCGGCUUUCCAGUGUACGCCAGGGCGAGCUUUGGCAUGUGGGGUAGCUAUUUUGCCAUUGUUUCUCGAUGCAUUGUUGCGGCAAUAUGGUAUGCGGUGAACGCGUACUAUGGAUCCAAUUUUGUGUCCAUCUGCAUAAGAUGCAUCUGGCCGUCUUGGAACGAUGUGCCAAACUACCUGCCGAGCAACGCCGGCACGACUACACAAUUGCUUGGUGCCAUGGCCAUUUUCUGGGUGCUGUCCAUGCCCUUCGUCUUUAUACAUCCGAAGAAUCUCAACUGGUACUUUGUCGCAAAGUCAUGCAUGGUAGGACCCGCAUGUUUUGCCGUCUUGAUCUGGGCCAUUGUCCUCAAUGGAGGUUCUGUCGGCCCGUCCUUUCAAACCUCGCCCAAAAUCUCGGACCCAGUGUACUAUGGUUGGUUGUGGAUGUCGGCACUCAACUCGGGCUUCGGCGGCUGCUCUGCACUCAUCGUAGCACAGGCAGACAUCGCUAGAUGGGCACGAAAGCCCAGCGAUCAAACUUGGUCUCAGUUGAUCACCUAUCCGGUGUUCAGCGCUCUACCAGCCCUCUUUGGCCUUCUAGUGGCAUCGGCGACCUCUAAUGUCUGGGGAAAACAGUACUGGAAUCUAUGGGAUGUCCUGUCGGCUGCUUUGGACCAUUACGAGAUGUCACCAGCCUCGCGGGGCCUCGUGUUUCUUGCCUCGUUUUCAUUUGCUAUCGCCAUUCUCGGGACAAAUGUGGCAGCUAACUCCCUGCCAUUCGGCUCAGACAUCGCUGGAUUGCUGCCCCGAUGGAUCACCAUUCGGCGGGGACAAGUUCUAUGUUCUCUCCUGGUAUUCCCAAUUGUCCCAUGGAAAAUCAUAUCAAGCGCCAAAUCGCUCUUAACAUUCUUGUCUGGAUAUUCGAUUCUCAUGGGUCCUUUCGCUUCCAUAUGCAUCGUCGAUUACUUCUUCGUGCGCAAAGGCAACUUGAACAUUCCUCAUCUAUAUAUCGGCAAUGCAGACUCCCAAUAUUGGUACACCAAGGGCUGGAACAUUCGCAUGAUUGUGGCUUGGACUUUAGGCAUCGUUCUCCCAUUUCCCGGAUUUAUUGACAGCUUCGGUACCACACUCAUUGGGGACGGGGCAAGACACAUGUGGAACUUGGGCUAUCUGCUCAGUAUUGCUGUAUCCGGGGUGGUUUACUAUGUCCUGUUCCUGGUGUUCCCAGAUCCGCACAUUGACAAGCUCCUCGCCUUCGAACAGCAAGCUCCGCAGUAUGACGGUCUCAUUGACGGCGAAGCUGUGCAAUCACAAGCAGGCAGAGAUAACGUCUCGGAAGUUGAGAAAGGCACGUUAGACCCAGAGGUAAAGAAUUUUCGUUGA